AUGGAAAUAGCAAGAAGCAGAAGCAACGCAAGCAGAGCAUCCCAGGGCUCACACUUCCCGGCGCGCGGCUCAAGCCUUCGACAGGCUGGAGACGACAGCGCUGCCAGGCGGCGACAGUCGACACAGUCUCAGAGAUUCAGCCUCGACAGGCAACAACACAGCAACCCUAACCCAGCACCGGCACUGGCUGCCACUCCUCCGCACACCACAUUCGAGAGUAUACCUACUUCUAUCGCCUCUGCUCCUCCAACUUCGAAAGACAAAGCUCCGCCUGUAUCCCCUGUAGUCACCCCGACUACACUUGUCCCAAAGCAUGUCCGCAAGUCUCGCUCAAUGUACACUUCGUGGAGUAUUGGAAUCGGAGGCUCACGCGAUGCCCGCCAAGGUGCAUCCAUGGAUGCCAGGCGCUCCAGCAGCCAAGCAGUCAAAGAAAAUGCCGUGCCAGUAGCAUCUGUGAGUGAGGAUGACACGAUCCCUCGGAAUUUUCCAGCUGCAUCGGCUUCUGAGGCGAUUGCCGCAGCUCGCGACAAGGUGCUGCAAGAUUUUCAGAAGAACCGGUUGAUAAACCGGCCAUCUUUCGUCUUCACGCCUUUCAAGAAGCGCCAGGACAAACAAGCACAGCAUCAUACAAGGUCAACUCCUGAAGGCAGUCCUCCGCAAGAUAGUGUUCCACCACCUGCGCUUGCAGGUGCAAUGCCUGAGGAGAAAAGGUCUUUCUCAGGCUCUCUGAAGACCAGGUUUAAGAAAGUGUUUCGCAAGACGUCAAAGCCUACAACAUCGUUGCCAGUUCAGCAAGUUGAUGCGUCACGUGUAUACUUUGGCAACUCCAUCCCGACAACACCAGGGGAGGCUCCAUCUCGCUCUGCUUCAGUUACGCCUGUGGACUACUUUACUACAAGAGAUACCCAAAGACAGACAUCAUGUCAAAGGGCGUCUUCAGAUAUCUCGAACCGCUCUCGAAACUCGAGCGAUACUCACGACUUAACAGACAUCAGUAAAUCUCGUGUCACCAGCUGGACCAAUUCUUCGGCAACGGCCAGCGUCAACGGCCGUGACCCGAAAAGGCUCUCAAUGAUCCCUGAGACAGAGCCCGCAUCUGUGAAAAGGCGAAACACCGCCUCACUUUUUGGUCGAAGUCCAUUCGGAAAGGCUCUUGGUACGUUGCCUCAUGAUGCCGCGGGAGGGCCAGAAACCUUUGAUGCUUUCUCGGCGUUGAAGAGCAGGCUUGAAAAGGCCGGACUAGAUGGCAACCUUGACCCAGACCUACUGAGAUCAGGGAAUGAGACGUUGCAUGAAAAGACAGAGCGAGCCACACUACCCUCCCAAACUCGCAAUACCUCGGGUACCUCGUCCAAGGUUAGGCGUGCUACUCAGGCGACGAUUCGUUCAGUCACUCCAGAUGUUUUUGGGAGAUCUCGUUCAAAGGAAAGGGGGGGCGACGGUCACCAACAGUUUCAUGAUCAGAACCGCUUGGAUCACAAUUCACCUGACGACUCCGACUCCGGGCUUGUCAUCCCUCGCAUCCGUCUCCAGCGCACUGCAAAGGCAACGAUACCCACCCCCGAACAAAUGUCAAGACGUAAAUGGAAAACAGAGAGCCGCUGGCAGACGCAGCUUCAGGGUCAUUCUCCAGUCUUUUCCAAGAAUUUGAAGAAGGCAAUGGCAGGCACGCAUUCUUAUGAACACGCGCCACUCGACUCCUCUCCGAGUCCGUCGAAGAGCAUUGAAGCUCCUCCUCGCACUUCUAGACGCAAACCACAGCAGCCUGUAGAUAUGCUCAACCCAGGCUGGCCUUCAAGAGCGGAUAUCAUGUCGCCCAGUAUCUAUUCACGAGAGUCUACUGGAGAGUCACCGCUCAGAAAAGAAAGCGAAGGAUCAAACGGCGCGCCUGGCACUGUUGUCAUUGUUUCCAGCCACUCUGCAAAAAGCUACACGUUGGGAUCUUCACCGACAAAAGACAGUGUCCAAAGGACCGGUCGUUCAAGCAAAGAUUGGAAGAAGUGGCUGUCCAAGGAGGUCUCCGAGCUUGACUUAAGCCAAGACUUCGAUAUGAGCAUGACGGAAGAAUGGCUGCUCAAGCCUGCUGGUCACCAAAGGGAGCAUGCAGAAAUCGUCGGAGUGGGAGAUGGCGACGACGAGGUCGUCGUCUUCAAAUCACGGCCAGCUUCGCACAACUUCCCAAACACUCGCCCUGAGAGGCUCACUUUGAUUGAGCCUAAUCAAGGGACAAUGGAAUCGUCUGAUCGACCAGAAACAGGCGAAGUGGAAUCUGGACACCGUGCCACAGAUACAAGCACUAAAGUGCCGACCGGUGAAGGCGAAAGGCGAAUCAGUCUUCGAGAGGCUAAGAGUAGCAUACGAAAUGACAAACUCUCUGCAGACAAAGACGCCGCAGCUGAACAGAUCGGACCCAAUAUUCGGGAACCAGGCCGCAACAAUAGUCACGGAUCGGGGUCAGCAUCUUCAGAGCCCGAGGAGAAGAUACCAAUCAGCACCCUCGCCGACAAACCCAUCCGCAACUCUCGAUCUCUCCAAUCCGUACGCCGUUGUUCAGGCCGUAGCCACUCCAGUCUCGCCCAUUAUACCACCUCCGCCGAAGAUCCCGUCAUGCAGCAAAGGCCAGCGCCCGUCUCCACUUACCCCGCCGAAACAGCCUCCUCCGCCGCCAAUCUACAAUCCUUCCGCUACCGCCCCUGCCCCACCGCCGCCGCCAACGCGCCCUUCUACCGCCCUCGCUCCGCCUUCGAUCUCCGCCAGCACCGCAGCGGCGAUCAGCUCCGCCCCGCCACCGCCACCGCGGCGCAUCCGGGAGCAGCAGCAGCACCCCCCAACACUUUCCUCCCCCCUCCCCCACACCACCCCCACCACCUCCGCCGCAAACCCAUGGCCGUCGGCGGCGCCCGCGGCGGCGGCGCCGCCGCCUCCCGCGGCCUGCAGACCCCCAGCCCGACGUCGCCGCCUCCCACCAAUAACAACAACAACAUGGAGGCCGACGACACGAUGCGCUCGAUCCUGCAGGGUCCGUACGGCCAAACGACUCCUACUCCGACAACGAUAUCUUCUUCCUGCUCCACCUCGCCGUGGGUCCCACCGCCGUCGUCGGGCCCGCCGUCUGCGAGGCAGCACUGGAACAAUAACAACAACAGCUACAACAACAAUCGCGGCAGUAGUCCCUCGCCGUUGUCUCUGCAACACGGCGGUUACACGCACGGUCUCUUGACUACUAGACAGAGCACGCCGGCGUUGCGGGUCACACCGAAGUUGAGCUCGAUGCGAUUAGGUGGUGGUGGUGGUGGUGGUGGUGGUGGUGGCGGCGGCAUUGGUGGCGGCGGGUUCAAGGAGAACGCGUCGCCUGCCUUCUCGGGCACGACGCCGGUGGCGAAGAAGGAUUUUGGUGGUGGUGCUGGUGCCGGUGUGGAGAGGGAUGGAGGAGGCGGCGGCGGUGGUGCUGGUGGUGCUGGUGCGGCCCAGGAGAGGGAGACGCCGAGUCCCGGUCAGCUGUUGGCGGAGAGGUGGCUGUUUGCUAGGCAGCAGAGGUCGGGUGGUGGGGGUGCGGGUGCGGCGGCGUCGGCGACGGUUAUGGAAAGUGGUGGUGGUGGUGGUGCUCAGGGUGGUAAUGGCGGUAGAGUCGAUGCGGGUCGGGGUGAUAGGGGGGUGAGUGGGAGUAUCGCGUUUUUGUGA